UCCAGGGAUCUUCUUGCAACAGUAGACAAGGGUGGCAGAGUUGUUAUUUUUCCACAGGAACAAGAGAACAAAAGCCACCCUCAUUCUAGGGGAGAAUAUAAUGCUUACAGUAUCUUUCAAAGUCAUGAACCAGAGUUUGACUAUUUGAAAAGUCUAGAAAUUGAGGGAAAAAUUAAUAAAAUUAGGUGGUUACAACAGAAUGCUGCUCAUUUUCUACUCUCUACAAAUUGAUUAAACUAUUAAAUUAUGGAAAUUAAGUGAACGGGAUAAAAGAGCAGAAGGUUAUAACUUGAAAGUUGAAGACAGGUGACUUCAAGACCCAUUUAGAAUCACAGUACUGUGGGUCCUAAUAUUGAAGCCCAUGGAGCUCGUGGUAGAAGCAAAUCCACAACGAGUUUUUGCAAAUGCUCCCACAUACCAUAUAAAUUCUAUUUCUGUAAAGAGUGAUCAUGAAAUGUAUCUUUCUGCAGAUGACCUGAGGAUUAAUCUGUGGCAUUUGGAGAUCACAGACAGAAGCUUCAACAUCAUGGACAUGAGGCCCUCGGACAUGGAGGAGCAGAUGGAGGUGAUCAUAGCAGUGGAGUUCCACCUGUGGCUGUGCAAUGUGUUCAUGUAUAGUAGCAGCAAGGAUGCUGUCUGCCUGUGCGACAUGCGCUCCUUGGCCCUGUGGGACAGACACUCCAAGAUUUUUGAAGAACCUGACGAUCCCAGCAGUAGGUCUUCCUUCUCAAAAAUCAUUUCCUCCAUCUCCGAUGUGAAAUUCAGUCACAGUGGUUGGUAUACAAUAAUGAACUCCCUAUUGGUAAAGGGCUGGGACCUCAACAUGGAGAGCCGGCCCAUGCUAACCUAUCAGGUCCACGAGUACCUUCAAAGCAAACUGUGCUCUCUAUGUGAGAAUGACUGCACCUUUGACAAGUAUGAGUGCUGCAGGAAUGGGCCAGACAGUGGGAUUAUGACGGGGUCCUACAACAACUUCUUUAGGAUGUUUGACAGAAACACACAGAGGAACGUGACCCUGGAAGUUUCCAGAGAGAACAGCAAGCCUCACACCAGCCUGAAGCCUCAGAGAGUGUGUCCAGUUGGGAAGAGGAAGAAGGACGAGAUCAGUGUGGACAGUCUGGACUUUAGUAAGAAGAUUUUGCACAUGGCUUGGCACCCUGCCAACAACAGCAUCGCCAUGGCUGCAACCAAUAACCUGUACAUAUUUCAGAACAAGGUCAACUAAGAAGUAUGCAGAUGGCAUCUUGACUUGCAUGGCUAAGCCAGUGGUUUCUGUCUGUGGAGGAGUGUCCUUCCUGUCUGUGGGGUGCAGGGGUGCACGCCCUGUUCCCUGUCUAGACAGGAGCCUGUGCCCAUGCCUCCGGGGUACCGUGCGAGUCACUGUGCAAGUGGAGUGCCCACUCAGGGCAGACUGAUGGACAGAGCUCACUAAGGCCAUUGCUCACAAUAAAUGUCUUUAUUAAAAUCUGAGCCGUCCUUU